AUGCAUCGAAUUUUUGCUGAGCUGGAGCCAUCUGUAACCGUCACUGAGCAAAACCUGGCAGACCGAGUUCGGUAUAUCUUGCGCUCAAAUACAUCUGAUGUUACCGAACUCGAACGGCUACGACGUGAGGCUGUUCCUUCAUCGGGUGAAAAUGCUGCGGCUGAGGAUGCGGCGCCACAACUUGCUGAGCAAACGGCAAAUGUGGAUGCCGCCGUGAACACGCCAGUUGUGGUUGAUUCAGACGAUGAUGGAAUAGUCGCCCAGGAACUGGAACUAGAGCAAAUGAGGAGUACAUUGGAAGAGGCGAUUGUGGAAACGCGCAGUACGCCUCUCGAAAAUCGACCGCGACUUCUCCGCUUAGCCCUAAGCAAGCGGAAUCGGGCUGUCGUGAGGGCUCUGAACCCAAUGCUGGUUACCUAUUUGGAAGCGAGCCGGGACCUUUGCGAGACGGACUCAAUUCUUUUUGGCGCCGCACUGGCAGUCUGCCGUAUUAUAGGCGCCAAAUUUUCCAAGGCUGGACGCGCUACUGGACAAAGUAGUGCUGUCCCAGCCUGGAGAAUAAGAAUUGAAGAAUGUAUCGCAAAGGCUAGGACCCUCAUCGGCAAACUGAUAUGCUUCUGGUCAGGCAAUACCAGGCCAAGGAUUGUGCUCACCGUCAGGAUGGCGUUUGCUGGGACAAAUGUUAGUUUGUCCCAGCCGGAUAUAAUGCAAAAACUGACGGAGCGCAUAGACGACCUGAAGCAAAGAAUCGCUGCUUGGGGAAAGCGGAUUAGGCGAUAUACCGAGAGAUCAACACGGUUCAACUAG